AUGACGCCCCAGGAAUUUUUCUCCUCCUGCUUGGCGCCUUUCGUGCUCGUUUUUGGGUUCGUCAAGUUCAUGUUCAACGGCAUCGUCGCAUUGGCUUAUGAAGCGAUCAAGUUUGCGGCGCCGACACUCGCCAAGCACCGCGACAUCGUCGGCCUCUUCUUCAUUUGGAAGGUGUUUUACUUCUUGUUCUGCGACACGUCCUCUGAUAAGCUCUUUCUGGGCGCCGUAAAAGGCAUCUACUGGUUGGUCUGCAAAAUCAUAUUGUUGAUGGUCCGAGGAGCAUAUUAA